UUUGUGUUCUACGCUAGUCUUUUUGUGUUUGGUUAGUUUGAGAUGUGAAGUCAUCGCAGAAAAAUAAGUGAAAAAGAUGGAGUCCAGUGGUUUAUUCAACUGCGCUGUCAGGGUGAAAAAGGAGCCUAGCGAUGUGUCGUGCACUAAAAAUAAUUGGGAAAUCCUUGAAAACCGCCAACUCUCUCCAUUUCCACCGGAAAAUUCAACCCAUAAGAUUCUAAAAGGUGAUGAAAAUCAUAAAAAUGAACUUGAUAACGAAGUGGAAGUAGUUGUCGAAUGUGAAGACGUCAAGCCGAACAUUAAUUUAUUAGCUGUUACGAAAAUUGACUGUGAUUCACAAAGCCAUUUGCAGGAUGUAAAUUGUUGUGAUGGUAAUAAAUCACAAAAGAUUAUGAAAAUAGAAACUGCUGGAGAAGUAAAGCAGGAAAUUAUUGAUGGUGCUACAGAACAAUUGAAUUUGAAUAUCAACCGUGAAGUUGUCAAACAAAAUAAAAGAAUAAGAGUUACAAAAAAGGUAAACAACAAACAUAACCUCAAAACACAUGUCGGUAAGUCGCGAAAUGGUAAAACCCACGUAUGUGAUUCUUGCGGAAAAUCAUUUUCAAGAAGUGACACUCUGAAAAGGCACUUUAUUGCAACUCAUCUCGGUAUCAAAAAAGCAGCAUGUGAUAUAUGCGGCAACACAUUUGCACGAAAAAGUAACCUCAAAAUCCACAUCGAUACGAUUCAUAAUGGUAUGUCAUACACAUGUACAACAUGCGGAAAGACGUGUAAACAAAAAAGUCAUCUCCAAACUCACAUCAAAACAGCACACAACGGUAAGAGCCAUAAUUGUGGUAAAUGCGGAAAGAAAUUCUUCUCGAGGUGUGAUCGCAAAAUUCACAUCGAUGCAGUGCACAACGAUAUCCAUUUUGAAUGUGAUAUUUGCAAAAAGACAUUCAGAUACAAGACCUCUCUCCGAACGCACAUCGACUCGGUGCAUAAAGAAAUGAUGCAUGCAUGUUGUAAAUGUGGAAAGGCAUUUGCUUGUAAGCCUUAUCUCAAAAAACAUAUAGAUGCAAAGCACAAUAGCGUCACACAUGCAUGCGGUAUAUGCGGAAAGAAGUACUCAAUGAAACAUACUCUCAAAGUUCACAUUGAUAGUGUGCACUAUCAUGUCAGACGUACAUGCGGUAUAUGCGGAAAAAAGUACUCAACGAAACAUAGUCUCAAAGUUCACAUUGAUAGUGUGCACAAUGAUGUCAGAUAUAAAUGCGGUACGUGCGGAAAGAAAUACUCACGGAAGGAUGUUCUCAAAGCUCACAUCAAUUCAGCGCGUCACUCGCGUACUACAACUGGAUGAUAGUAUAAUAGUUAAUGUAUAUGUUUGGAAGACUAAUUAAAAAAUUUUUAUUCAUAAUAUCAUGAUUUCCGUCAACGCUAUCUCUUUAUGUAAAAACGUAGUUUGAGUUUCAAAUAAUAACGUAAACAUCAACAGUUCAUCAAGUGUUCGAAAAUGUGUGUUCGAAAGUUUUAUUUAUUUUAAUUUCAUAUGUUAAACACUUCAAGACAAUGCCAAU